AUGUCAUUUGAAUUGGAUAUAGUUGGAGGACUAUCCACAGCCUCCAAAUCGGAUCGUCUUGUCGAUGUUAAGGGCGAUUUAAUUGCAUAUACCUCUGGUCAACGAGUCAUUGUUUGUAAGCUUGAAUCUCAGAAUGUGAGGAAUCCAUUCAAGUGGAAGCGAUUUUACUACACAAAGUACAAAACUGGAGAGAAAAGGGCAUCCAGUAUUCCUGUUAGUUGCGAUAGGUUUGGCUUUCCCUUAAGUCCUUCACCGAUCAUAGUGCAAUCACAGCCCUCACAAAGUCCCCGACUGAAUAUGCUUGAGCAGUUUGUUCAAUCCAAACCCUCAAAGUUAACCAACAUUAGUUGUAUAGCGUUAUCACCAAACGAGCAACUUUUAGCCAUUGGAGAAGUUGGUGUCACUACCGGUAGGAUUCUUGUGUAUUCUCUUGCACCAGAUGCUGCUCAACAUCCUCUUUUCGUGAUUAAAUCACAUCGCUUCGGUGUGGCGAUGUUGGAAUUUUCGCCUGAUUCUCAACUCCUUUGUUCCCUUGGAGUCAGAAGAGAUAGCUCAAUGAAGAUCUGGAGUAUCAGUGGUGAGCAAAGACCCGUUCUCAUGGCUGAUGUCACUGUGCCUACCGCUGUAAUUAGGCCUAUAUGGUUCAAUUCUAAAACUAUUAUUACUUUGGGGAAAGCACAUUUAAAGGUGUGGGACAUGGAUUCUUCUUGUUCUUUUAAAGGUCAUAAUAUUCUGAUCCAGGAAAGUCUGUCCAGGAGUAAAUUUAUCGAUGCUGCUGUUCUCGGAAUUGAAGGUAUUAUUAUUCUUGCUAGUGACGGUCGGCUCGGAUAUCUAGAUUUGGACAGCCAGCCUCUAUAUCUUUCCUUUCUUACCCAGCUAUCUAGUUCAGUGUUGAGAAUACUGGUAGAUUAUGAAAGUAUGGUGUUAACUACUGCAGGCGAUGGUAUUCAACUUAUACCUCUAUCAGAUACUCCAGCAUCUCAAUCAAUUGCACAUUCAUCAAUAGACAAGUUGAUUUCAGGUAUGUGGUCAUGUUCUCAUCAUGGUUUGAUUUACUUGAAUGAUGGUUGUCUAUAUGCUGUUGAUUCCACGUUGAAGGGGGAUAGUUGUCAGUUGGUUGAUUCCUUAAAGGGGACGCUUACUGGAUUGAAAAGAUCUUUUGAUCAUCAGAUCGUGGCCUGGUCUGCUGAGGGAGAUGUAACCACAUUCUUGCAAGGAGGCUUUCCUUCUUUAAUUGCGUCUUUGGGUAACAGUGGAGAAGAGUUAACUGCUUUGGAUAUGUAUAAAGGUAAUUUGGUUCAGGCGACAAACCGAGGGGUUGUUUCCUUUUACAGGAAGUACUCGAAUUCCUAUGAGAAGAUAGCCAGUUUCCAAUCGCAUCAGGCGAUAGUCAAAAGCGUGAUUUUCUUCCAAGUUAAGGGACUCUUGGCUGCUGCAAGUGGUGCCCAAGAUGGAACUAUUUCCGUUUUUAUACAGCCAGAAUCCAAUGGAUUGCUAUGGGAGAGAGUAAAAAUCCUUUCAGGCAAGGGGAAAGCUAGUGUCAUAAAGCUCCUCUUUAUUAAUGGGUGUCUUCUUGCAGCUCUUUCAGACAAAACAAUUGGUGUUUACCGAAUUUCAAAUCAAAUGGUAGGUGGAUUGAUUGUUUCUAGUGAAAUGUCCGUCCAAUUGACUGCACUGCCAUUGGAUAUCGGUAUAUAUGAAAAUCAGUUACUGGUAUCCACAGACGGCAGACAACUAGUGAGUUUUAGCCUUCGAGGCUUCUUGUUAUCAGAAACUCGGCAGUUUGCUGACGGUAACGGUCUUCCUAUCCGUAUUUCAUGUUUCAGUAUAAAGCAUGGCUAUUUAUUGAUAGGAUCCUCCACCGGUGAAGUCCUUGUUUUUGAUUACAAAAAUGGCACCCUGUUGGCCGAGCAGUAUGGAGAUUCAAGGAUCACCUCGAUAAUUUUGGAUGAUACUUGCAAACGGCUUAUUACUGCAAGCGAAGACCGGUGCAUUCAAUUCUGGAAGUGCCGAUAUGACGUAGCAAGAGCUCCAAUGACGCCGCAUACCCUGCAUGAUGUUUUAACCGGACUUCACACUCCACUAUCGUUAAAAUCAACGCCAUCACGCAAUACCUAUUCACCUCAGUCAAGCUCGGAUUUUAUAGGUUCAACUGUUUCUCAGCUAGAGCAGCUACAACAUGGCAUUGCUACAGGUAAAGUGAAUGUCCAGAAGAACUCUAAAGCAAUUUCAAAUCUAGAUGCAGAAUUAAAGACCACUAUAAACCUUCUUCAGGAUCGAAGGAGAAGAGCCUUUGACGAUAAAGAAAAUAUUAUAGGAUAA